AUGGAGCUUUCAUCAAAUAUCACCGAAAUAAUUGCCUGCUGCAUUUUAAUCUUCACCAGUUUACUGGGAAAUGCCAUCCUGAUUUAUGGCACAUGGAGAUGCAUUACAAGACGCCUGCCAACAUCUUUUGCUCUCAUCUUCAGCCUUGCUUUUGCCCACGUUUUGAAGAAUAUUGUUGUCAAUGCUAUAAACAUAAUUUUCAGUGUUGGAUUUCCCCCUAAUCCUGUCAUCUGUAAAAUUAGGAUAUUUACUGCAUCCAUGACAACCAAACUGGAGAUCUGGUUUACUCUUUACAUUGCUAUCUUCUACUGUGUUAAGCUCCAUCGGGUCAUCCAUCCACUGAGGGCACCUCCUAAUAGCAAAUGGCGCAAGCAUCACCUGCUCGCUGUGUUUGCCUUGUGGGUCACAAGCAUCUCAGUUUGUUGUCCUUAUUUGGUGUUUGUACAUGACAUGCAAAGUUUGACCUCGUUUAACGAUUCUUACACUGUUCAUCAUAGCUUUCUCUAUGAAGAUUGCGAUGUUCGGUUCCCAGAUGCUAUAACAGACCUCUGUUACCAUCAAAUAUUUAUGGUUGUCACUGAUUUGCUUCCUAUAGUGGUUUUAUUGUUUGUUUGUGGUCGGAUACUGCUCCUUUUCCGUGAGCAUAAUCAGGCAACCUAUGGCAAUAUUUGGAUUGGGCACGAUGCCUCAGAGACUGAGGUUCUGCGAGCUUCCAAAGUCAUAGUAUUUCUAAUGCACAUUGUCACAGCAUUGUGGGUGGCUCAUUUUGUCAUAGUCAGGAGUAUAGCGCAUGUAAAUUUAUGGUAUUGGAUGUCAACCUUGCUUAUUGUCCUAUUUUCUGGAUAUGCCAGUAUCAGCCCUUACUUACUAAUGCUUAUUAAUUACAGAAUCAGUUUACAGAUCAGAUCACUGAGCUCCUUCUGCUGUAAAAAGAGUAACAUGAACAAAUCACCAAGUGGUGGUCAAAAAGCUAUACCUGACAGUUCCCCUGCUGAAGAUUGA